ACAAAAAACAAAAAGCAAACACGAUCAUGAGGUGUUGCAGAUUACUUGGACCUUCCAUGCGCCUAUCCGUAGAAAGUGACACAAAACAUACCGAGAACCAGGGACGUGGGGCAGUCCCAUCCGAUGACGGCUGAUGUCGAACGGGGAAGAGCUGCGGGUGUAAGUAGACAGGUGGGGGAGGGGUCACAGUCUGGCCUCUCUACCUUGAGGCAUCCCUCCCCUUGCAGCAGGCCGAAAGUUUGACUGCACCUCCUGUACAUCUAUCUCCCUAGUCAAGUCUGUGAGCGAUACGGACAGCCUAGCGCCAUGUUUUCCCUCAAAGAUCACACUGCCCUCGUAACCGGCGGAACGCGGGGUAUCGGGCAAGCUGUCGCCAUUGCACUCGCCGAAGCCGGUGCAGAUGUCAUUUUGGUCCAGAGAAAUGCAAAGGACGAAGAGACAGCAACCGCCAUCCGGAAACUGGGGCGCAGAGUUACAGUCGUCGCGGCAGACCUCAGUUCUCCUACAGAGGUGAAGAGGAUCGUUCCCGAGCUACUAGACGAGGGCCGGGAAAUACGCAUACUGGUCAAUUGCGCCGGCAUCCAACGGCGGUACCCGUGCGAGGAGUUCCCAGAUGAGGACUUUAACGAAGUCAUUCAGGUCAACCUCAACAGCGUCUUUACCCUCUGUCGGGAUAUUGGUGCUCACAUGUUGACGCUUGAGCCCUCGCCAGUCACUGGCCGCAAGGGAUCCAUCAUCAACUUUGCUUCUCUGCUCACCUUCCAGGGAGGACUCACCGUGCCAGCUUAUGCUGCUUCGAAGGGAGCUGUUGGGCAGCUCACCAAGAGCUUUGCCAACGAGUGGACAUCCAAGGGAAUCACGGUGAACGCCAUUGCGCCUGGAUACAUCGAGACGGAAAUGAACACUGCGCUGUUGAACGACAAGGAGAGGCUGGCGAGUAUCAGCGCGAGGAUACCGGCCGGAAGGUGGGGCACCCCUGAAGAUUUCAAAGGGACAGCCGUGUAUCUAGCCAGCAAAGCAAGUGCAUAUGUGAGCGGUCAUGUCCUCGUUGUGGACGGCGGAUGGAUGGGUCGGUAAUCACCAACUUUCUUAUUCGUGAUGAUGAAAUACGAAGCAGACUCAAGCCAAAACCCUAGAGAAUAGAC